CAGCGAGGCUCUUGGCGACCAAGGAGCCCCGGGAGGGGCGGUGCGAAAAGCGAAAGCGGUAAUCGCACGAAGGCUCACGUGACCGAUUCAAGAUGGCCGCCACGACCCGGUAGCGGAAGAGGGAAGCGCCGCUUCUGCUUUCGGCUGCAGCAGCCCUGCCCACCAGGCGCCUGACGGAGCGAGUCAAGUCGAACCGAGCAGGAGCGAUGAACCCGGAGAAGGACUUCUCUCCGCUCACGCCGAGCAUCGUGCGCGCCCUGAACGACAAGCUCUACGAGAAAAGGAAAGUGGCGGCGCUGGAGAUCGAGAAGCUUGUGCGUGAAUUUGUGGCUCAGAACAGCACGGCUCAGAUUAAGCACGUGAUUCAGAUUCUCUCUCAGGAGUUUGCACUUUCGCAGCACCCACAUAGUCGAAAAGGAGGGCUUAUUGGUCUGGCAGCCUGCUCCAUUGCCCUUGGGAAGGACUCUGGGCUGUACCUGAAGGAGCUCAUUGAGCCGGUGCUGACGUGCUUCAGUGAUGCUGACAGCCGCUUGCGGUACUACGCCUGUGAGGCACUGUACAACAUUGUGAAGGUGGCCAGGGGCUCCGUCCUCCCACACUUCAAAGUGUUGUUUGAUGGCCUGAGCAAGCUUGCUGCAGAUCCAGACCCAAAUGUAAAAAGUGGCUCUGAACUCCUGGACCGGCUUCUGAAGGACAUUGUGACAGAAAGCAACAAAUUUGACCUGGUGAGCUUCAUUCCACUGCUGCGUGAGAGAAUCUACUCCAACAACCAGUAUGCUCGUCAGUUUAUCAUUUCCUGGAUCUUGGUGCUAGAAUCUGUUCCUGAUAUUAACCUUCUGGAUUACCUGCCAGAGAUUUUAGAUGGACUCUUCCAGGUCCUGGGUGAUAACAGCAAGGAGAUCCGUAAAAUGUGUGAAGUGGCACUUGGGGAAUUUCUUAAAGAGAUCAAGAAGAACCCUUCCAGUGUCAAGUUCGCUGAAAUGGCCAACAUCUUGGUGAUUCACUGUCAGGCUUCUGAUGACCUGAUCCAGCUGACGGCCAUGUGCUGGAUGCGUGAAUUCAUCCAGCUGGCUGGGCGGGCAAUGUUGCCCUAUUCCUCGGGGAUCCUGACAGCUGUCCUGCCAUGCCUCUCCUAUGACGACCGGAAGAAGAGCAUCAAAGAGGUGGCCAAUGUGUGCAACCAGAGCCUGAUGAAGCUGGUCACACCGGAAGAUGAUGAGGCCGAUGAGAACAAGCUGCCCGUAACGGCCCCUCGUAUGGAGGGUGAUCCAGAUGAAUCCAAGCAGGAGGUGGCUUCCAGUGGCGGCCUGGAUGCUUCCAGCGAUUCCAGUUUCAGCAACACCAGCGUCUUUAUGCCAGCCAGCACUGACAGAAUGCAGGUGACCCUGAACCUGGAUGGAAUUGUCCAGGUAUUGGACUGUCACCUUCAUGAUUCAGCCAUUGGGAUGAUGACCCGGAUAGCAGUCCUGAAGUGGCUGUACCACUUGUACAUCAAGACGCCUCGCAAGAUGUUCCGCCACACUGACAGCCUCUUUCCCAUCUUGUUGAAGACCUUGUCUGAUGAGUCUGAUGAGGUUAUCCUCAAGGACCUUGAAGUCUUGGCAGAGAUUGCAUCCUCUCCAGCAGGUCAGACGGAAGGACAAGAGCUGGAUGAUGGCUGUCAUUUACAGUCUGGGCAACCAGAGCUGAACAUUCCUGCUCCAACCAAAACUAGCCAGGUUGGCUCCUCUGGUACCAAAGGCAUGGAAUGCUCUCCCUCAACACCCACUAUGAACUCCUACUUCUAUAAGUUCAUGAUCAACUUGCUCAAGAGAUUCAGCAGUGAGAGGAAGCUCCUGGAGAUACGGGGAGCCUUCGUCAUCAGACAACUCUGUCUGCUCUUGAAUGCAGAAAACAUUUUCCACUCGAUGGCCGACAUCCUGCUGUGGGAGGAGGACCUCAAGUUUGCCUCGACGAUGGUGCACACCCUCAACACCAUCCUUCUGACUUCUUCUGAGCUCUUCCAGCUGAGGAACCAACUCAAGGACCUGAAGACGUUGGAGAGCCGCAACCUGUUCUGCUGUCUCUACCGUUCCUGGUGUCAUAACCCUGUGACCACCGUCUCCCUCUGCUUCCUCACUCAGAACUACAAGCAUGCCUAUGACCUCAUCCAGAAGUUCGGUGAUCUGGACGUCACAGUUGAUUUCCUCAUCGAGGUUGACAAGCUGGUCCAGUUGAUAGAGUGCCCGAUUUUUACAUAUCUCCGCUUGCAACUGCUGGAUGUGAAGAACAACCCUUACCUCAUCAAAGCUCUGUAUGGGCUGCUGAUGCUCCUACCCCAGAGCAAUGCUUUCCAACUCCUUUCCCAUCGACUGCAGUGUGUGCCCAACCCUGAACUCAUGCAAGCAGCGGAUGGCCCAAAGCCUAGCCUCGGGUUCAAGAAGACGUCUGCCACUCCUGCCAUAGACUAUGCCGAGUUGCUGCAACACUUUGAGAAGGUCCAGAGCAAACACCUCCAAGUCCGGCAUCAGCGAGCCAGCCGUGGCGAGAACCUGGAGCGGAGAGCUGUCUUCUGAAGACUGGACCCGGAGGGGCAAGGGAAAGAGGCAGGCACCCAGAUGAGCUUUACUCCAUGGCCUGGAGGGGAGUGGCCCUUGGCCGGAUAAUGCUGCUAGCUGCACAGUAAGGAGAUGCUCCCUGGCCAUGGUGAGGAGCCAGGAUCUUCCACCCAUCUUGGGGCCCCUCUCCCGGCCCCCCAGACCACGUUUGCUCAAGGGGUGGAGGGAACAAGGAGCUCCUGCCCCAUUUGGGGGUGCUUUCCCCCUUGCCUUCGCAGAGGCCUAACCUUGUGGCGGUGGCCUGAUGGUUGUAGUCUUGGGGGAGGAGGAAUGAGAGGAUUUUGGACUAAAGGGGGGCAUGUGUGGGAAACGCUUGCAGUCUCUCCUCCCCACUGAUCUGGGCACACAGUUGCCAAGACCACUGCACCUUCUCCAGCCCUCCCCUGCAACCCUGUGCGCUUGCACGCUGGCCCUCCUGCAAAGAACUCCCAGUCAGACCCCUCCCUCCCCCCCAGACAGCCUGCGUUUGCACUGCACAGCCUUAGCUUACAGCUAACCUCUGGGUGUGUGUACUCGGAGAAUCUCUCUAGACCAACUGGAUUUCUAGCCUGAUAUGUUUCUUUGUACUAUUGUAAAAAAACCCUCUUUCUUGAAAUAAAAAGAAUAAUGGCAAAU